GCGCGUGCUCCGGUCAGCGUGUCAGAACCAGUUCGGGUCGUGAGGAUGUUGGUGCAGCCGAGCCUGGUUCGGCCGGGUCUGGUCCUGUGUGGCCGCUCUGCUCGCUCCUUUAGCGGCGGUCGUCCGAACCUUCCCGCCUCCUGGAUCCGAACCUCUUUUCUGGACUUUUUUCAGCACAAACACGGUCACCAGCUGGUUCCGUCCUCCUCGAUCCGGCCCAGAGGAGACCCGAGUCUGCUGUUCGUCAACGCCGGCAUGAACCAGUUUAAGCCGAUCUUCUUGGGCACGGUGGACCCUCGCAGCGAGAUGGCGUCAUACCGGCGCGUGGUCAACACACAGAAAUGUGUUCGAGCUGGCGGCAAGCACAAUGACCUGGACGAUGUGGGCAGAGAUGUUUACCACCACACCUUCUUCGAGAUGCUUGGAAACUGGUCGUUCGGAGAUUACUUCAAGGAGCAAGCAUGUUCCAUGGCCUGGAGCCUCCUCACAGAGCAUUAUGGGAUACCCGCCGACAGACUCUACAUAUCAUAUUUUGCUGGAGAUGCUGCGUCUGCUUUACUGGCUGAUGAGGAGACUCGUCAGAUCUGGCUGGAUAUCGGAGUUCCUCCAGCUCACCUCCUGCCAUGUGGUCUGAGUACUAACUUCUGGGAGAUGGGGGACUCAGGCCCCUGCGGUCCCUGUACUGAGAUCCACUAUGACCACGUUGGAGGUCGAAAUGCUGCCUCACUUGUGAAUGCAGAUUGUCCUGAUGUGGUGGAGGUCUGGAACCUGGUCUUUAUGCAGUACAACAGGGAAGCAGACCACAGUCUUCGCCUCCUUCCACAGUUCAGUGUGGACACCGGCAUGGGACUGGAGAGACUAGUGAGCAUCCUGCAGGGCAAGAGAUCCAACUAUGAUACCGACCUGUUCAGCCCCCUGCUCGCUGCGAUCCAUCAGCGAUCUGGUGUUGGGUCCUACCAGGGCAGGACGGGUGUGUCUGAUGAGGGGAAGGUGGACAUGGCGUAUCGUGUGGUGGCAGACCACAUUCGCACUCUGGCAAUUUGUAUCGGUGAUGGUGUUUACCCUGGCAUGUCAGGACCUGAGCUGGUGUUGAGGAGGAUUUUACGGCGGGCAGUUCGUUUCUCUGUUGAUCUCCUGAAGGCUCCUCAGGGAGCGCUGGCUAGCCUGGUUCCCACUGUUGCCCAAAUAUUGGGUGACGUGUAUCCUGAAGUCCACAGUGAAGCCCACCGGAUCAUGGAUAUAAUCAAUGAGAACGAGGCUCAGUUCCUGUCGUCCUUGCAGCAGGGCAGCAGGCUGAUCCAGCGCACUCUGAACACACUCGACUACAAGCAGGGAGUUUUUCCUGUGACGGUGGCCUGGUCUUUGCACAGGGACCUGGGUUUCCCUUUGGACCUGGUGGAUCUGAUACUGGAGGACACGGGGCUUCGAGUGGACCAGCAGGAGCUGCAGCAGCUGAUCACAAGCAGCCAGAAGGUGGCGUCAGACACCCAGUCUGGGCUCCGGGGUCUCAUGACGAUCGAUGUCCUGAGUCUGGCGGAGCUGCAACAUCUUGGGGUUCCUCACACUGAUGACAGCCACAAGUACCAGUACAGACUGCAGCAGGGCCAGUACGAGUUCCCAUCAUGCCGUGCGACGGUUGUCGCUCUGUACGACGGUCAUUCUUUGGUUUCUGAGGUCACUGAGGGUCAACGAUGCGCCGUCAUCUUGGACCAAACUUGUUUCUACGCCGAGCAGGGUGGGCAGUCACAUGAUCAGGGUUACUUCACCCGGGAAGGACUCGAGGAUGUGAUCUAUCCUGUGGAGGCGAUGACGGCGGCAGGCGGUUAUGUGGUCCACCACGUCACUGCAGCUGGAGGCCUAAGGACUGGAGACAGAGUUCAGCUCCAUUUGGACCAGGUCUACAGACUGUCCUGCAUGGUGAACCACACGUCCACACACUUGCUGAACUUCGCUCUGCAGUCUGUCCUCGGUCCGUCGGUGCAGCAGAGGGGGUCCCACCUGGACCAUGUCCAUCUGCGCUUUGACUUCAGUACCAAGGACUCCCUCAGCGUGUCUCAGCUGCAGCAGGUUGAGAACUGCGUCAAUGACAUCAUCUCAGCCAAUCAUGUCGUCUACAGUCAAGAGCUUCCUCUGCAGCAAGCGAGAUCCAUCACCGGGCUGCGGACAGUCGAUGAGGUUUAUCCCGACCCAGUCAGGGUGGUUUCUGUCUCACUGCCAGUGUCCGAGCUGCUGGAAAACCCCACAGACAGAAACACAUCUGUGGAGCUCUGCUGUGGAACUCACCUCCUGCAGACGGGCGCUGUUGAGGAGCUGGUCAUCGUCUCUGAGAAGCAGCUGGCUAAAGGAAUCAGUCGGAUUGUGGCCGUGACUGGACGGGACGCCCGGCGGGCUCGAGAGGAUGGCCAGGUGUUGGCUCAGGAUGUGGGCUCUUUAUUGGUCAGAGUCUCAGGCUCCACCCCUUCCUCCAUCCUCGCUGCCGAGCGUCUGGCGAAGGAGGCAGGUGUGCUGAUUGAUGCUGUAGAUAAUACGCCCAUCCCUCAGUGGCAACGCCGAGAGCUGCAGAGUCAACUCAAAGUGCUGCAGAGGAAGACCAACACCAUGGUCAGGAAACUGGAGACCAUGGAGGCUGUGGCGCGAGCUCUGGGUGUGCUGGAGAAAAAUGGUGUGAAGGAGCUCCUGGUCGAUGCUGUGGACACGGACUCUGCGUCGAUCCUCAUGAAGACGGUGAACCGGGUCAGCGCUGCCGCACCCAACAGUCUGGUGAUGCUGCUCGCUCAAAAGAAGGAUUCUGGGAAGGUUUUGUGUGCCUGCCAGGUUCCCAAGGAGUCUCCGCCCCUCUCAGCCUGUGAUUGGGCUGUAGCAGUUUGUCACCACAUGGGGGGCGAUGCCGGGGGCUCUGCACUGGUUGCCAGGGGAACAGGAAAUACCAGUGACAUCACUAAUGCUCUGAGGUGGGCAGAGGAAUUUGCUCGCCAAAAAACGGAGAGGUGAUCCUUGUUACAGCGUCGCCUGCUGCUGGGAGGAGAAAAUCAGCACUUAAUCCGUUUGGGAGA